AUGAACUUUUCCGAAGCCAAAAGACGUACAGGUGGUAAACGAGGACCAAACAAGAAACCAACUGUUGAUAAGAAAGGCACAUCAGCCUUUAGUAAUGACUCAGAUGAUUCAAAAAAUGAAAUAUCGAAGGACAAGACCACAGUGAUUGAUGACAAACCAGCAAUAACUUUAAGUCAUCGACCGUUACCGAAAGAUGUUGAAUUAUUUCGAGUAGAACCAAAAUAG